UAAUCGCUAUCAGUUUGACACAGCUUAUUCCUAAGAGCUUUCAGUUCAUGUAAGAUUUGUGUUGCCUUUAUUCUCUUUCUUACUGUAAUAUUGUGGUUACUGCAUUUGGGGUUUUUGGGGACGCUGCCUCUUUAAGAGCAGCGCCAUCUUAGAGCAUGCAUGCACGUAGACUCUGCAUUCUGUCGAGCGGGAGUCUGGAAAGUUAACAGACUGCAGACAUACAUGGUGGUUAAAACUCAAGAUUGCUGAAACGUGCAACGCCUGUCUGUUUAAAAGAGCCGACCACGCUGCGAGCGGAAGGCGCGGGUUGGCAGGGGAGAGAAUUUGCGGUGUCACAACUUGUGAGGGUGUGUGUUGGUGAGCAGGCCGCCCUCUGGAAAAGACAGGUCACUACUGUUGUCUAUACUAGCAACGUUUGCAUUUUUUUUACUGUCCUGUAUAGUGUGCAAGUGCACCUGUCUCUUACUAAUAUUGAGAUCCUUAUUUUGUAUUUUUAUUGUUCAUUCCAACUGUUAAAAUUCACAACAAAACAAAUUAAUACUGUGUUCUACUGGGCACAGUCGGGAAAUAAAACAAACCCACAAAGAGAGUUUUCUGUGUCCUGUCUUUCCAUCACGACUGGGUCACAUUUUGGUGUCAGAAGUGGGAUUUCCCGUUUAGUUUUGAGUUUUAAGUUUUAUAGAGAGACAGUGAGCAGAGCUUUAUAGACAACAGUAGUGGCUGGGAAGAUUCCAGUCCUGGUCCGGGAAGGAGACGACUGCGGUGCGAGGGUCCUGAGGUGGUCGUGUGCUGUGGCGGCUAGUGCAACAGGACGAGGAGAAAGUCUACAUCGGCGGUCCAAGGAAGAGAGAAAGCAGGACAGAGACAUUUGAACUGUUGCAUCUCAACACAAAGUGACUGCGUGAUCCCGCGGUAGAAAGAACUCAGAGACAUGUCGCAAGAGGACGAGGGAGCAGGCCCUUCAGGGGCUGGACGAGGCUCAGAUGAAGACAGCCAAGCUGCCCCUUCGCUUGACAGUGGAGGUAACCCUUUUGUGCAGCUGCAAACACAGAUUCUCGAACUAAGUAGAAAACAUGAUGCUGCUAUGUCAAGUAUUUCUAAUAUGUGUAAUGUUCAAACCAGAUCUGUUGUUUACAUCCCAAGAGAAAAGGCAAUUGUACCUUUCUGUGGAGAAGCGGGAAAAGAUGCUUACACUGUUGAUGAGUUUAUAGAUGAGGUGGGAAGAGCAAUGAGAACUAGGGGUUUGCAUGGGGAGGAUCAAACUGAUUUCAUUCUCUCACAGCUAAAGGGCUCUGCCUUAGAGGAAGUUAAGUUGCGUAUGGGUGGGCAAGCGAGACAACCCCGUGAUCUCUUUUCAUACUUGAGGGAGGCAUUUAGGGAGAAACGCACCACUCCACAGCUCUUACAUGCUUUCUACGCCCGUCGGCAACUAGAUGGGGAAGACCUGCGGGAUUAUUCACAUGCCCUGUCUCAGCUGCUAAACUCUGCACUACAGCAGUCUCCUGGUGUAGUACCCGACACGCAGCUGACACUCCGCGAUCAGUUCAUUGAAGGCGUGCGUGACUCCACUCUUCGGCGCGAACUACGCAGACUUAUUAGAGAGAAACCUGAUUGUAAUCUCUUUGAUAAUAGAGAAGAGGCAUUAAUGUGGACUAUGGAGGACCGUCCACGCAGUGCUAAUGUGGCUAGAAAUAGAAAUAUAGUAGGUAACAGACCAAAUGACAACUUAGAAAAGACCGACUCCACAAUAAAUUCACAGACAGAUCUGGCUUUUACUCUACAAGAGGUGGUUAAAAUAAUCGCACAACAAGGCAAAGCAAUAGGAGAAUUAACCAAUGCAGUUCGAGAGCUCACUACACAGGCUGCCAGUUCUGAAGACAGUAGGAGUGCUAGGACUAAACCUAAACCCAAAUACACCAGAGACGGUCAGCCGAUUUGUCUGCGAUGUGAGGGGGUGGGACAUAUGGCCAGAUACUGCAACACACAACGUAAGCCUACCAAUCAGUCUCCAGGCAUGCCUGGUUCUGCGGUACAGGAAAACGGGAGCCCUCCAUUGCUCUGAGCCUGGCAAUGCG